AUGGCGGGCCACCCGCGCGCCCUCCCGCCGCUCCCCGGGGCCGGACCGAGUCUCUGGGCGAAGGGCUCCUUCUUCCCCGGCGUCAUCCUCGGGCGCCGGGCGGAGGGAGGCGGCGCCUGUCCUUGCUUGGCAAUGUCAGCUCCGCCGCGCAGCGCAGCUCAGCGCCGUGCAGCGCGCACCCCGGCGGCCGCGGCGGCGGCGGAGAGGGGGUGGGCUGGAUGUCCUCUGGGUGCCCUUGCCGCUUUAAUAUUCUUUCUUUGCGACAGCAAAGCUCUGGGUGACUCAUUGGAGCCGGGAGAGCCUUCUGGAGGAAGCCAGCCUGUUCCUAGCGGACCCCCAGUGGGCAGGAGGAGGGGAGGCUGGCUUGGCUGCCAGCACAGAGCACCCUUGGGCUUGGCGUUGCCGUGUGGGACAGCUCUUGGCCUUCUCAAAAUACUUUGCAAAUAUUGGUCAUGCCUAGAUGAGAAUGUGCAAAUUGGGAGAGUAACAGAGGCUGAAAUAUCGCCUCGCCAGGGUCAUGGCCGCCGCAGCGGAUCCCUGGCAGCGAGGCCACCGCUCGGCAUGCUGGUGAUGAGCUGGCGCCCGGUUCUGGCAAGGCAGGCUGAGUGGUUGGAGCCGGCUUUCAGCGCAGGGGUCCCUCCCGCGAUGGCCAAGGGACAGUAAAAGGCCCUCUCCCUCCAAGAGGCUCCCG